AUGGAUCCAAUUUCAGCGGCCGCCUCUAUUAUUGGCCUGCUUGGGGCUGCAGCCAAAGUCUCCGACGUCCUCCUCAAAUUCAUCGGAAGUGUGAAAGGAGCACCCAAACUAGCACAAAAUGUUCUGAUGGAGAUUUCCGAUGUCAGUGCUUGUCUAAACCAAUUGCAAAGAUAUCUGCAGGGGGCUCUCUCAACUUCCAAUUCGCAAGAGCAGCUUCUUAUGGUAGAGCAACUGGUCGUUACUUUGUCCAAUUGCGUCUUGAUCUUUUCGGAACUUGAGGAGGCGGUAGACUCUUUGAAGCCAGCAGAACCCAUGCAAUCUUGGAGACUGGCUCAAUGGCUUUUCAAGGAACAGGCUAUAUGUGCACUCAUGCUUACGACUCUGAUCCAGCAGGUCUUAGAGAGCAACCUCGAGAUGUCUCAACGGAUGGCAAAUCUAGAGAUGCGGACUUUUGGACUUUCUCGAAGCGCGGCUCCAACCUUGGCAGCCCUGAAUACAAGCAGGGACGAUGACAGCAUCAAAACCAUGAGAGCCGCAAACGACGUCCAAGAAAAGGUACUCGGCGAACAUUUCGAGACUAUUGAAGAGACCAAUCAAAAGGCCGACAAAGAGUCAACCAAUGAUCAAGGGCCCACUUUUAGCUUCACUUUUGAUCAAGACCUGAACAGUUCUCGUCCUUACACGCGAGCUAUGAAGAGGAACUCCGUGUGGUCCACAGCUCCAUCUACGGUCCAUACAAUGAGCUGGUCCUGCCUGUCCGGCUUGAGCCUCGCGGACGUGUCCGAAAUCUCAGUCAUAGGCUUACCGAUAUCACCACAAGAGUUGUGGAAUGGUCAUCAUUAUAUCCUCGCAAAUUCUGACAUGAAUGACGUUCCAGAAAAGCCUUUAGCACCAAACAGAGACGACCUAGCUUACAGACCAGAUGAAAGCUUUUAUGAGGACGAGUCAGAACCUCUGGAGACUCGCAAAGGACUCUUUCCCUACGAUAACGCGCAGUCAGUGGGCGGCAGCUUGGAUUUGCGUUCAGUUGAUGGACAGGGCAGGAAGAUUCCUAUUGCUGCUGGUGGAAGGCUUCUGGAACCUAAAAAGAUUAUCCUACUAGGAGCAACGAUGGCUGGAAAGACUACAACAUAUCACCGUCUACAAAUGACACAUGGCAAUGACUUCACUGACUCAGACCGUCGAAGAGCGCGAGAGUCCGUUAUACAUGGCCUUGUUGACGUCUUCAAGAAAGCAAGGGGGCAGUACCAAGAUCCAAUAUCGAUUGAAGACAUUGAGGUCUGUUCUCGGAUGAAUAUCCCCAUCAUCUGCAAAGCUUAG